AUGCAGGAAGAUUGCGCCCGCGAAGAGCUCGAGGUUCUCACUGGUACCCCCGCCCCGACGAUGGUCCAGCGCCGAUUCAACCUCGACCAGAACGGCAAGCUCUGUUUGGAGCCGCUCCCCACCAACACGCAGCGCCAGAAGGAGACGGCCGCCGGCAAGGAGAAGAAAAAGGAGAUCAAGAGCGACAGCAAGUCGGACAGCAAGAAGAAGGAGAAGGAAGAGAAGAAAAAGGCCAAGCUGAACGAGACCACCGUCACCACCACCACCCAGGAGCGCUCAUCGAUGUCCAAACCGGGGUCGUCGACCCACGAGAGUGUGUCCAAGAUGAAGCACGAGAAGAAGCCGAUGAGCCCGGCCUCGGUGCGUACCGCUGUUCCCGCCGCGCCGUCCGCUACUGCCUCCACCGUCCAGCCUCCGCGUAUGCCGCCGGUGAAGGGCGAAUACUCGCCCGACACCACGAGCUAUCGCCAACCCGCGCCGCAGCCGGCGGCCACCCACUGGGCGACGCGA